GCAGGCGGCGACACAAGCGGCACUGGGGACCGUAGGGAUGUUACCUGCAGGGGAGCACAGCCCGAGAGGCGUGCCUGUGUUCUACCACCCCCCCGUCAGGGGCGUCCAACCUCAACGAGUCCCAGAACAGGAAAGGGAGGUGAAUGGUGGGGACCGAGACCACGGAGGCAGGGAGAGCCAUCUAGAUGCAGUUUAUUCGUCCAGAGGUGCAAGGCUGAUGCAGGAGUCCCAUCAAGACAAGAGCUUGAAAAACCGCAGGCAGGAGGGGAGAAUGUCUCCAGGACAGAGAAGCACGCCAGACACUGAUCUCGAGGUCCAGCAGGUGGUUGGACGACUGGCCUCUCCUGUCCAUGGCAUGAGUCGCAAGGAAGCGGCACACAUCCCUCUGAACCUUUCUCAAAGCUCUCAGAGGAGUCGAGAGACUCAGAGCGAAGUCAGAACAGCAUAUGCAUUAAAUCCUGCUGAAUCCAGAGCUCAUCAGCAGCAUAUCGUUCAACAAGGUCAUGCCGUGAUCUUGGCCAACGGACAACCUGUUUUCGUGCCCCUGGACUACCAUCAUCACCAACAGCAACAGCAGCAGCAUUAUCAAUCCAACGACGUGGCCUCAGCAGCCAUCGUUGCUUCUCCCGCUACAUAUACAAAAGCCACGGAUGCAGUAGCGUGUCUCCCAGAGCGGGCGGUGGUAGAGCUGCCUCCCCAACAUGGUCAGCAGCUUCCCACUCAAGCUCCUGGUGGUUUACCACAGGCUCCUCUGCUGGCACCCACCGGCCCGUCGCACUUCAUGAAGGGGGCCAUCAUCCAGUUGGCUACCGGAGAGCUCAAGCGUGUGGAAGAUCUGCAGACUCAGGACUUUGUCCGGAGCGCAGAAGUUAGCGGUGGCCUGAAGAUCGACUCGAGCAUGGUGGUGGAUAUCCGCGCUAGUCAGAGGCCCGGUCUAGUGGCGCUGCAUUUCAACGUAGGGGAGCAGCAGAGCAAAGUGACUAUAGAUGUUCCCCCCGAACACCCGUUUUUUGUUUUCGGACAGGGCUGGUCGUCCUGUAGCCCUGAGGGGACUGCCCAACUGUACGGUCUAACCUGCCACCAUCUGCAAGUGGGCGACGUCUGCGUGUCCGUGACGCUACAGCAGCAAGCCACGUUACAGCAGAAACCGACGCAGCAACUGCAGGCCCGGACUCCCACCAAAGCCAACUCCUCGUCAGGAGCCCCUCCUCAGCCCAUGGGCCCCCCUGCGCCCCAGCACACCCCUCGGCCAACAAACCAAUUAAAGAUGGAGCGCAUCCACAGAGAGAGGGACAGGGACAAGGAAGAGCCCAUGCAGGUCGGGGGUCCUCGACACAUCGAUGUGUCCCCGAGACCGAACAGGACUUCAGCAGAGCACACUCGGAGCCAGAGCAACUACUAUUUGCACACUGAGGGUCAUGCUCCACCGGGAACCGGAGCGGGAGCCUCCUCCAUAGGGGCGUCCCAGAGGCGCUGGUCUGCCCCUGGCUUCCAAAGAUAUAACAUCAAGAAUGAGGAGGGAAGUUUACCCUCAGUUGCCAACUCUGGCUCCUCUCGGCCAUCAUUUAUCCCUCAGGAGGUCAAGCUAUCCAUUGAGGGGCGCUCGAACGCCGGCAAGUAGCAGCAAACACAAAAGAGAUUGUCUUUGGGAGUGAAGUGUCAGUCGGAUGUGAAAGAGGGAGCGUGGUCGGAGGGAGAGAGAAUGUAGCCUCAGAAUGUUUGAGAUUUUGCACAUAUUGGAAGAUUCCCCCUGCCGCCCCCUUCUCCGGGUCUUUUCGGUUCUGGUCUCGAGCAGAGGACUUAUUUUGCCAGGUCAUAGUCAGAGUUCGCAAUGACCUGCAUGGGCAGCUUUAUCUGGUAAAUCACGUACCAAAGCCUGCACCGUCUGCUUGUUCCUGUGGGUGAACUAUCAUGUUUUGGCAGUGAUCACUUGCAUAAAGAUAUCUUGCAGUUGCUCCUCAAGUAGAUGUUUAUUUCAGAAAGGCCAGGGAUAAGAAUGGGAUACAGCCAUAGAAUCUUGACGAGCCUUUAUAAUAAUAAUUAUAUAUUUUGAAGAAGGACGAAAGAGGAUAGAUUGCUCAACAACUUUUUUCCCUAAAAGACAGGCAUUUUCUCUCUAAACAUUGACUGUUUCCCUUGUUGCGCUGCCAGGCUUUUAUUGGCUAAGACCUUAAAACUUGGACGGUUUGUAAUGCGUCUCUCUCUAGAGGUGUGUUUGUCCUCACUUUCCUACACUCUCCUUCUCAGGGUGCUUCUGAUGAGGACUACUUUCUAGUCUGGAGUUUGAGAACAGUUGCCCAGCAUCGUCACAUCAAUCAAUUGAUCCAACAAUCUUUCUACAAUCAGGAACUAACUCUCGCACGCAUCUUAACAGUUGCAUUAACAACUCCUCAGAGGUUUUUAGUUUUGAUUGAAUCUGCAUUCCAGUUUCAAUGUGAUCUCUCCGCCUCAACCCAUUGGAGAUAUCAUUUCCCAGUCAGGCUGGCCUAGGAAAACGCCUCUAAAUAGUAGGCUACCUCAAGGUUGGAAGCAUCCUUAACUUCUUUUUUUAAUCCUACAUUGUUGUGCCCUAUUUCCUGGAGACAACAUGUGGUGUCAGCCAAAAUCAGCCGUGCUUGCGAAGCUGAGACCAAAUGUGGAACAUGUUCUAGUCGUUUGCGAACGGCUUGUUCCUGUGGAAAUGGAUUAUUGCUCUGAAGCGUGCAGGUUUAAGUGAAAUCGUCCCAUUGGAAGCGUUGAGCACAGACAAGUGUAGAUUCACUGCUGUUGGGUGUGGACUGGCCCUGCUCGGUUAUCAAAAACAAAGCAAUAGUUUUUUCAUGUUGUUUUUUUUUUGUUGUUGUUUUAAAUCCCGUACAGGAUAGAUUACUCCUUGUAUUUCAAAUUUUUUUUGCAGUCUGUAUGUAAAGACCUUUUCCUGCACUUCUCUUGAUUUUCUAAGAUAAUGCAGUUUUACUUUGUGAUAAUACUCACUCUAACAGUUACUACAGGAGUUCAUUACAAGCAUGCAAUUACCCCUAAAACAACACCUCUUUCUUUUAGGCAGAUUUUCUGUCUGACCAGUAGUGUCUUCAGAGAUGACAUAUGAAACCACACCUCAAAAUGGGGCUUUUCUCAAACACCCGUUGAUUAGGAUAUUCAGGGUCAGCUCUUGCUAUUUAUAAAAAAGACCUUGGUCUACCUUAAAUUAUGUCCUAACCAGGUAUGACAUGAUAAAAUCGCCAAGCAACAGGACGCUUUUGGCUAUCAAAUUUUCCGAUUUCUGUUUUUGUGGUAUUGUGCUUGGUAACUCUGCCUAACAUCAAAUCUUAUUGGUCCAAAAUCCUUCCAUAGUUUAUUUUUUUAGCAUUUUUGCUUUCAGUUUGGACUGACAAAUUACUCAUCACUGGAAACUUGUCACGUCAUGUCUGGUUAGGACCAGUGUUGAACCGUAAACUCAUCUUGAAAGAGGAAAGAGCUUUAUUAAUAUAGUUUCUAAUUCAGAUCUGUGCUGAGGUUUUUAUGGUUUCUUCUUGGGUUUCUGUAAUUGGUGAACUCUUGUACAGUAUUGCAUUCUCUCUUCUUCUUGGCAAUAUUACCCACGAGUGAUUUUUAAAACUUGUACCGCAGGCCUUGUAUUGCACAGAUAAGUUCAAUUGAUUCACACUGACUCUUUAACAGGAAUCAGAUAUUAUGUGUUUUAUUGUUUGUUUGUUUGUUCUUUUUUUAAUAAUGAAGGGAAAAUGUUUGUGUUCUUUUGAAGUAUUCAGUUUUGUUGGUGGUUUUUGGCUCACGAGAAACUGACAGGCAAGGUUGACACUGUUUACACAUUAGCCAAGAGAAAAUGCUGCAGUUUCACUUUUCGUAGUUACUGAACAUUUUCAGAUGGAUGAAAUCAUGACUUAAGUGCAAUUAGACCAAAUAAUAUAAACAUUAGGAAGAUUGUGUUUAGUUUCAAAACAGCAUUCCAGAAAAGAGCCUGACAUUCCCACUUUUCCUUUUGCUGUUGUUGUUGUUGUAAUGUUUCUUUGUUUCCCCCUUACUGUUUUUCCUCCACUUACUACUUGUCAGGUGCAAUUUUUCGUUUCCAUUUUGGCUCAAGUUCUUUCAUGAGACCUUGCGUUGUUGGCUCUUGGCAUUGCUGGGCUGUCUCUGUUUGGGCCAUGAUUUAAUUUAACAGUUUUUGCACUCUCACUAUCACUCAAGGCUUUAAGAGGAGGGUUUUUUUCUUUUAGGUAAAAAAAAUAAUAUAUAUAUUUUAUAUAAAUGUAGCGUUAGCAUUUGACUAGUUAGAUUUAGACUUCCUCCAGACUGCAUCAACCUCAUUGAUACCACAUGUCUGUGCAGUUCGAAAACUUCUAAUGUUAAAGGGGUACUCCACUUUUUUUUGGAAAU